AUGACGACAAAUUGGGACUUUAAGAUCUUUUAUAAUACUCUCAAUGUCCCUUUUUACAAGUAUCAGAAUGCUGUAGAAGGCGUAAAGUCAAAAGCAGAGUAUACAGGGCCUGAUCCUAAAUUGGCUGCUAGUCUUGAAAAGGAAAUAUUGGAUACUAAUCCAGGGGUGAGAUGGGAUGAUGUUGCAGGACUCAAUGAAUCAAAGAGGCUUUUGCAGGAAGCAGUGGUACUCCCACUGUGGAUGCCUCAAUAUUUCCAGGGAAUCAGGAGACCUCGGAGAGGAGUUCUUAUGUUUGGUCCUCCUGGCACAGGGAAAACACUCUUGGCCAAAGCUGUUGCUACGGAGUGUGGGACAACAUUUCAGAAUGUUUCUUGUUCUUCGUUGUGCGCAAAAUGGUACGGGGAGAGUGAACGGUUGGUACGGUGCUUAUUUGAUCUUGCCCGUGCUCAUGCUCCUAGUACAAUUUUCAUUGAUGAGAUUGAUUCUCUUUGCAGUGCCAGAGGGUAA